GGUCUUUGCCAUGUUGUUGUUUGAGAUUUGAGAAACCAUCGUAACGGGGAUAACUAACUAGCUGUCUCCAUUCAGAGGUGAGUUUGGCUUUGAAUGGACACUGCAGCAGUAUGAGUAUCUUUUCAGCAUUUGAAGAUGCCAGCAGGAGAAAGUGAAGCUAGAGCGAAGACCAAGGCCAGAUUUGAUGAGGUUUUGAAGAGAUACACCGAUGCCCAGUCACAGAAGAAAUCAGCCAAGAAGAAGGGAAAUAAACCUGAAGAAAGCAUAGUACUUGAGACCUUGAGGAAAAACCUUGACCUCUCUAAGGGCACCGAGGACGAUGAGACCGUCUUUAACAACACGUACCGGCCGGAGGAGGGCAGCCCCCGAUACAGUAAGAACAGGCUGCGGGAGAGGGAGCUGGUGGAGAAGGCCAACAAUGAGCGUGCUGUGGGAGAGGAUGCUAAGCGUGCCAAGAGCAAGCGGAAGAGUGCAAGGGCGCUGCCAGAGCUGCCGGCAGAGGACGACGCACCCCGUUACAUUAGCCGGACCGAAGAGGAGGAUGAUGGGAAGGCCCGGGCCUCCAAGCUGAAAGCUGUGGUUGAGGAGGACAGUCUGGGGCGGAAACCGGGGAAGUCGAAGAAGGGGAGGGGCAAAGGGUCAGGGGAGGGCGGGGCCAAGAGGGAGGAGGCGGAGUUAGACCCGGAGGACGAGCUCCUCCAGGAGUACCAGCAGCAGAUCGCUGAGGAGGAGGAGCGAGUGGUGCGGAGAACGGCCCGCAGGAAGGCGACCGAGAGGCAGCCGAGCUCAGCCGAUCAGGGGGUAGUGCUGAACAAUGAGGCUGAGAAAAAGAAGAGGAAGAAGCUGAGGUCACAGGAAGCCGAAGGGGAAGCUGGUCCGGAGUCAGGGGAACAGGAGGGCAGUCAGCCAGGCCAGAGGAAGUCUAAACAGAAGAUCUCCUCGGAUGCAGAGGGGGAGGGGCCGAGAGGACGAACGGAAGAGGCGGAGGACGGGGAGGAGGGGGAGGAGCCAUCCAAACUCAAAGGAAAAAAGAAAAAGAAACGGAAAAAAGAGGUGAAGGAGGAUGGCGAGGGGGAGUCGGAAGGCCCUCAGAGGCCUGUGUUUGACGACAGCCUGGUCCUGGGCGUCUACGUCCACCGGACGGAUCGGCUCAAGACAGACCUGAUGGUGUCCCACCCCAUGGUCAAGGUGCACGUCAUCGACGAGGCCACAGGUCACUACGUGAAGAAGGAGGACAGCCAUCGGCCGGUCUCCUCGUUCUACGAGCAGGAGAAAGUGGAGCACAUCCUUCCCAUCAUGACCCAGCCGUUUGACUUCAGGAAGCACAAAUCCACCAUCCCCGAGUGGGAGGAGCAGAUCAUCUUUAACGAGCGCUUCGGCUACUUUCUGCAGAGUGACGCGGAGAGCCCCAGAGUCAUGCUGUUCUUUGAGAUCCUGGAUUUCAUGAGCAUGGAUGAGGCGCGGGCGAACCUCGAAGUGGACCACCACGAGCGGGGUUUUCGCAAAAUCGCCUGGGCGUUCCUGAAGCUGGUGGGGACCAACGGCGUGCUGAAUGUGGACACUAAGCUGAGGCUGCAGCUGUACUGCCCGCCGCGGGCCAGGAAGCAGCCGCACACCGUGGAGGUAGUGGAGUGGUGGAGACGCUACCCCAGGAACCGCUACGCCUCCACGCUCUACGUCACUGUCAAGGGCCUGAAGCCGCCCGAACAUGUGGACCCCAGCGUGCGCUCCAUGAUGGCCCUGCAGCAGGAGCGUGGCAGCACCUCCUACAGCGAGCUGCAGAGCGAGGUGCUCCGGAAGAGCGCCCUCCAGCUGCAGGAGGCCAAAGCCGACAUUGUGAGGUGGAGCCGUGCCCCAGGACAGGUCUGCCGGAUCCCCAACAAGCCCAUGCUGUCGCUCCGGGGGGGGCAGACGGGCUGCUUCACGCUGCGCUUCUCCCCCGAUGGCAGAGCUCUGGCAGCCGCCUGCGCCGACCGCGAUGCCUUCCCCGUCAUCGUGUAUGAGAUCCCAUCAGGCAGGGUUCUGACUGCCUUCAAUGGCCACCUCAGCAUCGUGUACGAUCUCUGCUGGUCCAGAGACAACCUCACGCUGCUGUCUGCAUCAUCUGAUGGCACGGUCAGAGUGUGGGACGUGGAGCGGAUGGACAGAAUCGCCCGGAAGGUUCUGCCGCACCCCUGCUUCGUGUACUGCGCGCGGUACCACCCGUACGCCCAGAACCUGGUCGUGACGGGCGGCUACGACGGCCUCCUGCGGGUCUGGAACCUCAGCGUGCGAGACGUGAACGGGCAGCUGCUGCAGGAGCUGGAGGGACACAGCAGCUUCGUCAAUGCCCUGUGUUUCGACGCGGAGGGACUGCGGAUGUUCUCCGGGGACAACGUGGGGCUGAUCAUGGUGUGGAACACAGCCGUGGAUCAGCGCUCCCCGAAGCACCCCACCCAGCUGUGGAGCAUCGAGAAGGAAAUCGAGGAGGCCGAUCUGAAGGGUGUUCCCAUCAACACGCUGGAGGUCCACCCGAAUGGGCGUCGGCUCCUCAUCCACACCAAGGACAGCGUGGUGAGGGUCAUGGACCUGAGGAUCCUGGCGGUGAAGAAGUACACUGGAGCCACCAACUACAGAGAGAGGAUCCACAGCACCUUCAGCCCCUGCGGGAGCUUCCUCUUCUCCGGCAGUGAGGACGGGAUGGCCUACGUGUGGAACGCAGAGACAGGUGACCAGGUGGCCGUGUACUCCGAGCUGUGCUACCCCACGCCGCUGCGAGACGUUGCCUUCCACCCCCACGAGAACAUGGUGGCCUUCUGCGCGUUCGGACAGAACCAGCCCGUGCACAUCUACCUGUAUGACCACAAAGUCACCCAGAUGGAGGUGGAGACCAUGAAGGGCACGAGCAGGGCGGGGUCGACGGACACCAAGACGGGCAGGAGCUCGGCCACCCUGGCAGCGUUCCAGGACCCCACCGCGCCUGCCAUGGACCGUUUCGCCAGCGCGGCGCGAGUGACGCUCAAGAUGCAGCAAGUCAAACAGAAGCUCGACUCGGUUCUGGCUCCCCACCCGAAUCUCUCUGUGGACUACAUGUAUGAUCAAGGUGGCGUUUCGGACAUGGGGAGGGACCUCAGCCUCUUGACUGGAGGGGCCAGUGCAGUCAUUAACACUAUGGGCUCCAGUUUCUCUCUGCCGGCACCAUCGCUGCUGUCUCCACACUCCAAGCACCGUCUAACCAGCACUCUCCUCCCCCCUCCCGCCCUGACCGGCCAGUCCACCGGUUUCAGCCCAGUUGGCCAGCGGCUCGGCCGGGUGCCGUCUUUGCGAGUUCAGACGAGCUUCAGUGAUCAGUCUGCCCUUCGAGUGGAGACGGAUUCUCUCAAUCCGGUCCAGCAGACGGUCGUGUCCCUGUACGACUACAGCGCCAACCGUUCAGACGAGCUCACGGUUCGCCGCGGUGACAUCAUCCAGGUGCUCUACAAAGACAACGACAACUGGUGGUUCGGGCGGCUGGCGAACGGACAGCAGGGCUACUUCCCGGCCAAUUACGUGGCGGAUGAGAGGGGACUGGAGGACGAGCUUGCACAUGCCAUAGAGGGAGAGAGCGUGCGGUCGGAGCGGCUGAGCCAAUCAGCUGGCAGAUCCACCCCGACAAAGGUGUCAGCAGCGGUCAGUGCUUUAGGGGAGCUGAAGUUCAUGUCUGAGCAGGACACCGAUGCAGAGUCCGCCGUCCUCCCGGUUCAGAAAAAGAAGAAAAAGGUGAAGAAGACAGAGGCCCCCAUGUCGCCUGUCCGAGUGGUCGUGACCAAACCCGAUGAACCCAGUACCUCCCUGAAGAAGAAAAAGAAGACCAAGAACAGCGACACACAUACGGGACAAACCAACAACGGCUUUGAGCCAGAUUACUAGAUCCAUACAUAUAGCAUUAUCUCAAGCGAAACAAUAACCUAAUCUAUUAGACUGAGCAGAUAGUGAGCUAGCUACUGAGCAAGCAGAUAUAUUAGUGAGGAGAGAGUGAAGCUUUAUGACCUCAUAAUGGAUGGAGCUGUCAUGGGUUGCCAAUCACUGACUGGUGAGAGCCAAUCAGAAGAAUUUGCCCACCAUGACGUAAGUCAGAGAGUCCCUGAUAACAUAAACAGGGUCCACCCAUUUUGGAGUUCAUGAAGCCUCACUCUUCCCAUUACUGGGAAAGCAUUAUAUUAAACCUCAGUAAUAGAACUUGUGCAAAAUAAAUACAUGCCAUACCACAGUGCAUACUUUUUCCUCGAAAAAAAUUAUGGCGGGUGUCAGUUCAUUUGAAGAACUAAGCCACGAACAAGGAAGAAGUUUGCUUUUGUAGAGGAAGGGCCAACAGAGAGGUUCUAAGAGCUGUUUUAACCAGGGAGUUUGUGGGAGGAGACACUUAGCUAGAACAGAAGGUAAAUGUCAGGUGCUUCAGAAUGUCUGUCGUACGAAAGUUUGUAUUGAUUAUGUGGCUUGUGUUAUGUUUUCUCUUUUUAGUUGGUGUAAUUACUGUCUUAUGACACAAAAUUGCUUCUUUGUGUAUUCUUUUUUUCAUUUUGUUUUUAGAAUGUAAUGCAGUGUAUUUUUAUAGAGAAUUUUAUAUUUUAUACAAUAACUUAUAUUUCUAUGACAUA